CAAACCUAUCUGCAUAAGAUUGAUGCACACGUGCACGUGAGAGCGAUUCUUCCACGUGAAAAAUUUGACGCCAUAAGUAGCUAACUACAAGCAAAGAUUAAGGACAGAAAAAGAACAAAAAGGAAGAGCAAAAGUGUUGUUCGAAUAAUAACCUGCGCGGAUUGGUACAGAUUUGGCGCGAAUCGUUUCAGCGAAGUUUCACAAAGAUCUAAGCGAUUUCUUCUUGCGCUUCCUUGAGUGCUUGCUCAUUUUUGCAAAGGAUUGAGAUGAUAUAACAAUUCGGACAAGAUCUUAAAGAAGAAAGGACUACGCACAAAAUGUUGACACUUUUGUGAUAACUUUACUGUCUCAUUAAGAACUGUUUGUAUAUUGAAAUCUCUCUUUCUAUGAAGUAUACAUACAUUAUCUAUAAUAAUGAAAAGACAAGAACAAAUUAACGAAGUUCGCACAAUUAUUGUAUCAUUGUUGGCCUCUUAUCAACAUAACUUGUCGCUUGCUGCUCUUGACAAUGCGUAUUUUAGAGUGGAAAAUGAACGUGUACCUUGGCGCAAGUUGGGCUAUGAGAGCUUGUGUGCGUUUCUCAGAAGUAUGCCAGAGGACUUUGAAGUCUACUCGAUGAAUGGUACUAAUUAUGUUAGAGGUCUUGAAUCAGAAAAGAGUUCGCAUGUAAAAUCACUUGUGAGCCGACAAAAGAGCAAUUCAAAACCGAGAUGUUUUUCAUCCCAUGCCUCGUUAUCGUACACGUCAUCGUCGUACCCGCGUACUACAAUUCAUAUUUCCAUGCUAACCACUCUUGUACAAUAUAUCAAUACAUUUUCAAAUGGUAUUAGCGUACAGGAUGCUAUAAGGUUUAUGCGAACACAAUAUCCUAAUAUAAGAUUGUGUGUGAAUGAUUUGAAGACGCAACUGCGCGAGGUAUCGCACCAAGUGUAUCUAGAUAACAAUAUGAUUUAUUCGCGACAUAGUAUAGAUAACUCUCAGAGGUAUGAUCCCCAGCAAUUGAGAUCAAAGCCAAAUUUACAAGCUAAUUCACACACAGUUUCAAGUAUGGGACCUGUAUUCGUCGCUGCGGGUUUAUCUGAUGAGGAAGAUGUCGAUAAUACUGGUGUUGUGGCAGAUGACUAUGAAAACAAUCAGUCAAGGAGAUCGAGUGAAGAGUUUGAGAGAGAUUUUCGAAAUAGUAAUCAAAUGCUAAACGGGAUAAUAAACGAUCAUGAUGACGUUGGUAUGAAUGACAUUACUGUAGUGCAGAACGCAAAAACAAACCUACCAUAUUCUGAAAGGGUGAAAGAAUUGAUCAAUGAUAAGAUAAAAUUACGAUUGAGCAAAUUGAUACAAAAAUAUCCAGAUGGCAUUAAAUGCGCCGAAUUGCCUGAUAAAUAUUUGAAGGAAUUUAACGUACAUCUGAAUUAUACCGAACUUGGAUUUACUAGUGUGCGUGAGUUUAUAUUUUACUUGCCAAAUAUCUUUUACAUGAAGAGGCUGGACGUAGACGGUGACUUUUUGUUAUUAAGCGCGGAUAAAAGACCGACGGUUCCUGAAUUGCAAUCGAGUAGAAACGAAAAUAUUGAAGAGGAGCGACAGUUGUAUAACAAUGAAGAAGAAUUUGAUCGAGCUAAGAGUCCUCCAAUUCCGACUGACAUACCUGCCAACAUAGCCAAUCGAGCAUUUGUUCCCGAUGAUGCAAUGAAGUACCAUGAAAGUAUAAAGCUAAUACCAGUGACCGAGUUAAAGGAAAAGAAAUUUCUUGAAGUAUACGUUUCAGAAGUAUUCAAUCCAAGCUUUUUUUGGAUUCAUCUUAGACAAUAUAGAGAUCAACUUAUACAAUUGAUGGAAGAUAUAAAUGAGUUCUAUACUUGCAAUUUUUCGAAGUACAUUGUUCCAAAGGUUGGAUUGAUAAAAGGUCUACAUUGCGCGUGUGUUUAUGAUGAGAGAUGGCACAGAGGUGUUAUUAAGAGCGUGAAGCCAGAUUUUCAAGUAACAAUAUUGUUUAUUGAUUACGGUACAGUAAAAACAUAUUUGCCUGAUGACAUAUGCUAUUUGCAUAAACGAUUCGCUCGUUUGCCUGUACAAGCGAUACCUUGCGGCUUAUUUAAUGUUAGGCCACAUGUCGGUGAUCGCUGGAGUAGUACUGCGAAUAAAAACUUCUGCGACAGAAUCUCGGGACAUCUCUUAGCCGCAACCGUUCAUUCUGUUGACACUACGCACAAUUCCUUGAUGGUUAUUCUCACUGACACCAGUGAAGAGGAAGAGGAAGUUCAUAUUAAUGAUUGGCUAGUAAACCGAAAUCUAGCGCAAUGCGCUGAAACGGAUACUGUUGACAUGGCAAAUUUAGUAAAGUAUGCUCUAAACAUUUACAAUCGACUACCUAUAUAUUGUUUUGCGGAGGACAAUUUAAUACCUGAAAGACGCAACCAAGGAACAUCUACAGAAGAUAUACAAGAAACACGCUCAAUUUCUUCUGAACAGGUUCCUCGCGAUAGUCUGAAAAAGCAGAAAAUAAAACCGCCUCCAGGUUUUAAGCCUAUCAAGGAGACCAAGCUCCGUUUAUCGACAACAGAAAGUUCUUCUAAUUAUGCUCUUGGAAAUGUAUCAAAUCCAGUAAAUUCACCCGCGAAAACAUCACCAGUUAGUAUUUUGACCGAUUCGAAGAGCGAAACCAGUUCUAUCGAUAUCAUUUUGGGGCUCUGGAACGAAAAUAUUACGUUAUAUAAUAGAAUAUUCGAUGCCUUGCCCAAUAUAAUAUUAAAAGAAACGGUGGAUAAUGAGGCUAUGUUAGAAAAUCAUAUAACAAUUCAGAAAAAGUUAAACACGAUCCUACACAGCUUUGUGAAAGCAUUAAAAUUAGACGAUGAUAAACCCAACGUCAAUACGUCUAAUACUUUAAACGGAGCAAUGUCAAACAAUGAUUGGAUCGAUUCGGCAUUCAAGAACACGCUCAGCUCGAAUAAUGAGGUUUUGAAUCAGGUGUUUGAAACUACUACUACUAAUGUUUCACCAAAUCCGUUUAAUUCGAGCAAUAGUGACGAAUAUAGUUCCUCAAAUUUAUUUAAGACCGGUGAGCUCAGUCCAUCUAUAAGUUCUCAUUCACCUUUUUCUUCAAUGUUUAAGAAUUAUAUACCAAACAAUUCUUGCUUCUCAAAUGAUAAUCAGAAAACCGAAAAUGUUCUUCUGACGAUGUCUAGCACUUCCAACAAUAUCACGUCAUCACCUUCUUGCAACGUGACCAAGUCUGUACCUAAGGAAACAAACCCCUUUAGGAUGUUUAUGACUGGUGAAUUUCAGAGCCAAGAGACGCAGAAUCAAGUGACGAACUCCGAAUUAAAUUCAAACUCGUCAUAUUGUACCAGUGAAAAUUCACAGAAUCAUUUCUCGAUAAUAAAAGAUAUGAAUAUUCAAACGACGAAUAGCAAUUGCACUCCUAUAGAACAUUUUUACAUCAAUAAUCAUGAAAAGUAUUCACCAAAAAUAGUCUAUGAAUCUGGUCCGGUUAUGUACAAUACUCAGACGAAACAAGAUAAAAGUAUCGGUCAAAAUAACAAUAAUUUUGACAACGCUCAAAACACAUUUAACUUAAACCAAUGCGACAAGAACUUCCCGCUUAGUUACAAUGUCGCUACUUCAACCUCGAAUCAGUGUUAUAUAACUCAACCAUCGAUGAAGAACUUACAAACAUCGUCAGUAACAAACAAUGAACCGAAGCAUCAACUGCAUAACAGUAACAUAAACGAGCAACCUGCGCAAAUUAGAACGUACAUGGAAAAUCCGGAACAGUUGAUUAACUGGAAUGGUUUUUCCCCAAAACAUCACAAUGAAAAUUUUACACUCACCACGCCUCAAGAGAGACAAACAACCAAUAUGCCUCAGAGGGAAUCGAUUUGUAACAUCAAAGACUUUGUAUCUCGGAAUGUAUAUCAAACGCCUGAUCUGAAUUAUGUUAAUCAAAUUAAUUAUUUAAGAAAAAAUUUGAGUGACAUAUGCUUGAAUCUUCACAAGUUGCCGUAUAAGGAGACGCAAAACCUUGAAGAAAAACAGAAUAGUUGUAAUACUCUGGCUAGUCACUCUUUCUUCUUCAAACCAAUUGAUCCAAUGAAAGGUGCGUCAUUAAUUUUUCACGUUGACGGAAAUGGCUGGAUAUUAGUAUACGAAUUUAUAGAAUCUUUCACAGACUUGACAUAUUCUUCUCUGGUAACUAUAAUAGAAGCGAUGGAUUUAAAAGAAGCGUGUCAAUUCAAAAAUGUCCAGAGAUACGAAUAUCCAAGAGCAUUUUUAGAUCUGGAUAGACACUCUUUAAAUCUUCCACGGGAUUCAGAGCACCAUAUUACUUCUGUUCUUUUAAUCUCUUUUCACACCGCAUUGUUAUUGCUAUAUAAACUAAAAAAAAUUUUACCGGAGGAGAUAGAAAACAUUUACAAGAGAUCGAUAUAUCCCAAAAACGAUUCCAUUCUCAACAAGAUAUUUACACUGAUGAUUGAUUACGUGAACUUCAAACAAGAAAUAGAACAAUUUCAAGUAAGAGAUAGAACAAACACUCUAAUAUAGAAAAAUAUGUAACAAUAUACAGAACGUAGAACAAGAUUCUAUUCUUAUAAGACAAGAUUUAAAACCUAUAAGAAUUGUAAUAUGUUUACAGUAGUUACGUUCUAUUCGACCUACAUCGAUAACAUAAGUCUGUGAUUACUGAACAAAGAUAGAAAUAUUGAUAUAUACCAUAUAUGAAAAAAGAUACUUUGUAAGAAUGAUUACGUUCAGAAAAUUCGACAGUUGUACAACAGUUGAGAGAUCGUCACUUGUAAUAGGACUAUUCCUCAAAACCUGCCUUGAUUUCAAAAGUAUUUCUCAAUCGUUGUGCAACUGUUGAGUUUCUGAACGUAAUAAAUGUGUGCUUUUUUAUUUUUUAACAGUGAUAAAUAACAGUACAAUGUAUGGCUCAUGUUGAAGCACUUUUAUUUAGAAUAUCUUCUGCAAAAGAUGUGAUUAUUGCUUAGAAUUAAAUCGUGAGAGAAUUUUGCAAAAUAUUUAUAAUUCACAUUAGUUUUGCAAAGUUGUACAAUAGUUUGUACAACAUAUAAGAUAACACAUAGCUUUAAUACGUAAAAUUUCAUCGUAGCUAACACCUAAAAUUCAAUCACUUUUUUGCUAUUUUGUGUUGUACACAUUGUUUCCAGUAAUAUGAUAAAUAUGAUAGAAACAUUAUGUGAGCGUUUAAGAAAUCGAUGCAAUUUAAUGUGUUAUAGACUUUUCAGUUGUUAUUAGUUUCAAGUUAUUUCUUACUGACUGAUCAUAUUUUUGUUCUCCUCAACACUUACCUCUUCGUCGCUUUAAGUAUCUAAACAAUAUAUAUACAUAUCUAUAUAUAGAUAUAUUUUUGUAAUAAUUUUGUAAACAAAACCAUCUCUAAGUCAAAAUCAACAAGAGCAGACAGAAUUAAAAGAAUUAAGAGAAAAUAAAACUGUAUGAAAUAC